AUUUUGAGGGUAGCGAGUAGUAUUGCAGCGAGUAUUAGCCUCAUUACAGACACAGGACGCGGCACGCCGAUUGACACAUAACGAAUUACCAGCUAGUUUAUCCCCAACUGCAACUGACCAUAGAAGUUAAAAUUGAGCUUCGCUAUUUCACCGCUGCCUUCCGUCUUUCUUGCUCCUAACCCAAACGUAGAAACGUGAUGAUGUGGGACGAUUGGGAGGAUUUCCAGCAGGACCAAAACCUAAACCAUGACCAAGACCAAGACUCUUUCCUUAAUUUCGAUUUUCUUUCCCUCGUCUCCCAGCCCAAGGAUUACUACAAAGUACUGGAAUUGGAUUAUGAUGCUAGCGACGACGCAAUUCGCUCCAAUUACAUACGCCUCGCUCUGAAAUGGCAUCCGGAUAAGCAAAAAAACCAGGAUAGUGCGACUUCGAGGUUUCAAGAGAUAAACGAGGCUUACCAUGUUUUGAGUGAUCCUGUCAGGAGGAGAGAGUACGACAAGAAAGGGCUGCUAUACGUCCAUGAUUAUAACAUAAUUGAUUAUCUUAAUCGUCACAAGGGCCUUAUAUUAACAUGUAAUGGUCUUGGGAUCAAGCAUUCAAUCUGGUAAUUUUAACGGCUGGUAUUCAUACAGCACAAUUUGAUUUGCGAAGUCUCCAUUUACCAGUAGCACUGUAGGGUGAGGGGCAACAUAUUGAGAAUGGCAUGCAGAGUUUGAUGCGUAUGUAUAUAUGACACAUUGAUAGUUUAACACGAGUGUAACUUCUUACCUCUGCCGGCUCAUCUCUUUAGAGGGCUGUGAUCAUGCUGCUAUUUUAUAGUGGUUUUCUAUUAGCUUCUCAUAUUAUUAUUUUUGUUGUUAUUA